ACUUCCGAGAAAGACCUAGCGGCUCUCAACGUGUUGGCUCCAUCCCUGCUUUAUCCACUUUGAAAAAGAAAAAAAAAACACUACGGCGGGUUAAGCAUUAAGAUUCAGUCCAGAUCCACCGCGACGGCGAGGAAGGUUUUCCGUCCAUUUUGCCUAUCAAAUACAAGACCGGAUGUUUGAGAUCAGAUACACGACGAAGGUGAGAUUUCCGAUCACGGUUGCAACAUUCCAAUCAGAUUCAAAGAACAAUUGCAACAUUCCAGAAGUUCAGGAGAACUUUGGUACACAAACAUGGCUUCACGGAAACAGCCAACAACAAUGACAAACUUCCCUGAUGAUCUUUUAUGCAACAACAUUUUCAUUCGUUUAUCUGCAAAACAACUUGCUCAAAUGAAGUCUCUCUCUAAACGAUUGAAUGCUUCUUUAUCUCAUCCCGACUUUAUUAAAUCCCACGUCAACCACUCAAUCCACAACAAAGUUGAAAUUCUCAUGGUGUUUUACUCUUUGUUUUCUUUUCGUGAUAAAGAAUUCACUGCACACCCAACUAAAUCUCCUCAUCUCGAAGUAUCUAAUAUCUUCAAACUUCCAGCCAACACAUCAUCAAAACAUACCUUUUGUCGUGUACUUGGUUCAGUUAAUGGUUUAAUAUGUUUUAGCUAUCGUCCACAUCCAACUCAUGUCAUUAACAUCUGGAACCCUUCUCUCUCCGCCUUAAUAGCUCUCCCACCAUAUAGUAUUCCUGACUGCAGUCAUACUUUACAAUUUCGAUUUGGGUAUGAUCCCAAAACUGAUGAUUACAAAGUAGUUAAGCUUGCAUGCUAUGUUGGAGUACCCAGAUUCUCGGAAAAUAGAGGUUUUCAUGUCCCUAAAGAAUGGCAGCAAGUGGAGGUCUAUAGUAUGAAAAAGGGUUCUUGGGAAUUAAUCACUAACACGUUUCCAUCCCAUGUUACAAUGAUUUACAAUGAAGAUCAAGUUUGUGUAGAUGGACAUGAUGGCCGACUUCAUUGGAUUGGUUAUAUGUAUGAUAAGAUGAAGCUACAAACAAUCUUGACAUUUGAAUUUGUGCGUGGAGACUUUCAGUCUGAUAUGUCUUCCAGAUGUUAUACAAGAGUAUAA